GCCAGAAAGUUGCUUUGAAAGAAAUAAAAGAUUCUAGAUAUGAUAUAGCUGAAAUUCUUAAAGUAGUGAAGACGGUUAAAAAUUAUAAUUACUAUUCUGGAAUUUCAAUAAAACCUUCUACAAAAAAUUACAUUUUUGUUAUGGAUUUAUUUGAUGAUGACUUACAUAAUUAUUUAACCAAAACUUUUUGGGAUUUAGAAUGGGAAACAAAAACAAAAAUAUUAACAUCAAUAGCAGAGAGUCUCGAAAGCUUACAUGCAAAAAAUCUAGUUCAUUGUGACCUUCGUAGUGAAAAUAUUUUGUUAAACUAUAAUGAAUAUUUUUACAAUGAAUUAAUCCUAAAUUAUAAUCCCAAAAAUAACGAAACUUAUGGAUCAAUUCCAUAUAUUCCACCUGAGGUAUUAAAAGGAAAUGAUUUUAUAAGGGAGGGUGAUAUUUAUAGUUUUGGUGGAAUUAU